CUCUCACUCUGAGUUUGUAGGCCUGGAAGGAACUGAACUGCUCCCCCUUUCUCCAGAAAAAAAUUUCUAGCAAUCUCUCAUAAUGUUCCCAUAAAACAAAGUAAUGAACAAAAGCCACCCCACAUCAUAAUCUCUUUCAAAGGGUUUCUAGUAUUGAUCAAACAACUAUUCAAAAAAAAACCUCGGAAGAGUGGUAUAUAUAGCAGAAAGAAAAAAGCAACAGGUUAUAUAUAAUGCAUAGCUAUAGCUAGCUAGCUAACCCUGCUCCUCUUUUCUCAACCGAUCUAUCUAUAUAAAAUCCUCAUCCUCAUUCCUCAACCAUAUGAUUGAAAUCCCAGCUCAAUUGAGCAUCUAGCUAGCUAAGUGAUCUACAUGUUCUUUGAUUUCUUCUAGUUACCCAUCCAUGGAUUCACUUCAAGAAUUUGACCCUUCCAACCCAUCAAAUACUUCAAGCAUUAACAUCAACAUCAACACCACCAUCGCUACCAACUCAUCCUCAUCCUCAUCGUCACCAUGCUCCACCCUCAGCCGCUAUGAGAACCAAAAGCGGCGAGACUGGAACACCUUUGGGCAGUACCUCCGCAACCACAGGCCGCCACUGUCCCUCUCGUGGUGCAGUGGGGCCCACGUGCUUGAGUUUCUCAGGUACCUGGACCAGUUUGGGAAGACCAAGGUGCACAUCCAGCUGUGUCCCUUCUUCGGGAACCCUAACCCUCCUGCACCGUGCCCCUGCCCUCUGCGGCAAGCUUGGGGAAGCCUCGACGCCCUCAUCGGCCGCCUCAGAGCUGCCUUUGAAGAGCACGGCGGGAAGCCUGAGGCAAACCCUUUUGGGGCUCGGGCUGUGAGGCUUUAUCUGCGUGAGGUUCGAGAUUCUCAGGCCAAAGCCAGAGGAAUUAGCUACGAAAAGAAGAAGCGGAAGCGCCCACCAGAGAGUAGCACCAGUAGUACUAGUAGUACUACUAGUCCCGUUCUUCCAGUUCGAGCAAUACUGCCCCCUGCUCCUCCCAACAUUUUCACCACAACACUCAUUGAAGGCCUAUCCUCUUGCUUAUACUGGACACACCACAUAGCUACAUUUACCAUUCUCUCUGCCUUCUCUUUAUCUUUCUCCUCUAUUCCACAAACUACCAUCAGCUCUCCUAAUUCUCCGGGUUCAAACUUCUUCCAUACCCACCUCGGGAACCAGUCUCGGCUAUCUUCGACUUUGAUAUCAAGAUUCCUUCUCCUGCCUAUAAUCUCAAACAAUAGCAUUCCAAAGCUGUACACAUCACAUUUGUGUGUUAUUGGGAACUGCUGCCAAACUUCUGGGGCAGCAUAACCCGGAGUCCCCCUCCCUCCUGUCAUGGUUAUAUGAGUGUUGUCCCUAUUACACAGCUUGGCCAAACCGAAAUCAGCUACUUUUGGAAAGAACUUUGCAUCCAAAAGAAUAUUUUCAGGCUUUAUGUCGUAAUGGACAAUCCGUUGUUGGCAUUCUUCAUGCAAGUAAGCGAUCCCUCUUGCUGUCCCCACAGCAAUCUCAUGAAGUUGUUCAAAUCCUAAGACCACUGUGUCGCUAUGAAAUAAGUACUUGUCAAGCGAUCCAUUUCCCAUGUACUCGUAAACAAGUGCUCUGAGGUGUUCCUCAAAGCAGAAACCAUAAAGACGGACCAGAUUGAUGUGAUGUAUUCUUCCGAUUGUACCAACUUCCGCCAUAAAUUGUUCCUUGAUUCUCUUAUCCGAACUUCCAUGUAGAACCUUCACUGCCACUGGGGUUCCAUUGCUAAAUAUUCCUUUAUAAACUGCACCAAAACCUCCUUGGCCUAACAAAUUGGUGAAGUUAUCAGUCGCAAUCCGAAGUUGUUGAGAAGUGAACCUAACGGGCUUUUCUCUUUCCAUAUCAUUUAUAAAGUUGUCCAUUGUGAGUGCCCGAAAGUCUGGAGUAACGAUCUUCUCCGUUGUGAGCGUCCGACAGUCCGGGGAAACGAUCUGCACUAACCUCACUUUCUGACUUGUCUCUCUUGCGAGUUUCUGACAUUUCUUGCACACUACAACCGCGAUAACAAUCUUCACUAAGACCACUACUGCAAAAUUCAGAACUCAUUAGUGACAAAAGAAUUAUAAACAAAAGUAGUGGAUGCAGAAAGGAAAAAGGCAACGGGUAGAGACAUAGAUCUUUACCCAAGACUA